CAAAUGGAAUACAAACACAAUUUAAACAAUCUUUAUUGUGUAGAAGCAUAAAUAAAACAAUAAGUUUACAAACGAUUUAAACCUCCUUUCCUGUAACAAAUCAUCAGUCACCAUGGAAACGUUUCGGCAGCUGGGAAUACCCAUAGACAUGAUGUACUUUACAGUAAAGGUAGGGGCCCAGAUCAUCCUUGUGAGUUUAGGGGUGUGUGGUAACCUGUUCACCGUGUACUCAGUCUUGUCUAAGUCCAAGCUGCAUAGAGUAACAAACAUCUUCAUCAUCGUGAUCUCCAUGGCGUUGAUAGCUCAAUCUCUCAACGCCUCAAUAGACCUGAGAAACCACUGGCAAAACAAACCCUAUUAUGCAUUGGACCCUGAGUGGUGCAAGAUGUGGCAGACGAUGAAUAUCUAUAUGCCUUCCAUGAUGGCUUUCCUGUGCUUCUUCGCCAUUUUAGACCGUUACCUAAUUCUGGAACACCCUGCCAUCCACGGAAAGAUCAUGAACAGCUUUUCAGCUGUGGGCAUGGUGUUGCUAAGUAUUGCCUACCCAGCUGUUGUUGCAAUACCGCCAAUAUAUCUGAACUGGCACACCAAGGAUCCUAACAUGCCAUAUGGCGAGUGCAAAUUUAAGAUAACUCUUCAGUACGCCUUCCUUUCACCUCUCGCUACCUUCUGGUUUCCCAUGAUCCUGGACAUCAUCGUCAUGGUCAAGCUGUUCAAGGCUAUGGAGCGUCACGACAAGGCUUUGGCCGUGAUGAUGAUGAACCGAGGGACUAUGCUGACGAAGGCUCAAGAAGCCGCCAUUGAGAGUGCUGCCAAGGCCUUGCCUUGGGGCGAAGACCAGAUUCGUCGUCAGCACCGGCUGGCCAUCACUCUCUGGUCCAUCUACUGGAACAUCAGCAUCUUCUGGAUACCCAACCAUGUGUGGUUGGUCAUACACAGAAUUACCAUGGCGAAUUGGCCUCGCGCUACCAACUUUAUGCCGUGGUUCGGGUGCAUGCCGUCAGCCAUACUUCCAGGAGUGUUAUGGUACUACAACAUUUAUCAAGUUUGAAUUGUUGAUAGUAACCUAUAUUACUAAGGUAUCUGGUUGAUCAAGAGUGUUUUCAAGGUAUUUUUCACAUAAAGUAUACAU